AUGCCAAAUGUUCUAAGAAUGUAUCUGCUAUUACUCGAGGGCUUUGUCCUCCAUCUGUACAAGCAUUUUGGAAUCCUUGUCUCUGUCCUUUCAGAUGUAGCAACCGCAGCAGUUGCCAAAGAGUCUUUGGAGGGACACUGCAUCUAUGAGGGUGGUUAUUGUAAGCUUCAUCUGUCAUACUCUCGUCAUACUGAUCUCAAUGUAAAGGCACAUAAUGAUAGAAGCAGAGACUACACGAUUCCAGACACAGGUAUGCUUACGAUACCUCAAGCUCCCGGUUUGCCAACUGCUGCUGCUGGUUGGCAGGCUAAUCCCCAGUCUGCAUCUAUGUAUGCGGGUAACGAGUAUGCGGUUGGUGCACAAGCACCAGGUCCCAAUAGGCAAAUGCCAACUUGGGAUCCUAGCAUGCGGGGAGGGGCCUAUGUCGCAGCUCCAAGCACAUAUCCGGGUCAAACAUUUGCACCGCCCCCUGUUUCCCAUUACCCUGCCUCGGCAGCCAUCUCUAGUGCUCCUGCUGAAUCACUUCAAGCUUCACAACCAAUGGCUCAGUAUGGUAUGCUGCCAAAUGCACGGCCACCUACUUCUGCAUCAGCUGGGCAGCCUCUGUAUUACCCUUCGUAAGCUGCAUCUCCUCUGACUUCUUUUUGCUUCCUUCGCAUCUGUUGUUGCAAGUAUUCAAUGAGUAUAUUCUAUCAACGAUCUGAUGGUACUUUGUAAUGACUCUUUUCUCUGUAUGUUGAUGGUGUUGAACGGAGAUGCUUUGUGUAGCCUGGAAACAAAUUGCCCUUAUUAGAUGUUGCCUUAUCCCAAUUUAUCCUACCUACCUUUUCUUGGAAAAUGUGGUGGAGUCUUUCAUUGUUAGCAUGGGAUAGCGAGUUACAGAUUGCAUUAUCAAGUGUUUAUGCUGGCCUUACAAGGGUUGGAACUAGGCUUUAUAAUGAUCAUAUUUGAAUAAAUUCGUGAUUUGGAAGCAGUGACA